AUGUCGACACCUCUUCAUUGGUUAGCUGAUGGUAGCGAUAUCGGACCUAGCAAAUACAGCUCUGUUACAACUGUCGGAUCUCUAAAAGAGAAAAUUAUUUCACAAUGGCCCAAAGAAAAAGAAAACGCGCCUAAAACAAUAAAUGAUGUGAAGCUUAUAAAUGCGGGAAAGAUUCUUGAAAACAACAAAACUCUUGCUGAAUCAAGAUCUCAUGUUAGCGAAAUCCCAGGAGGUGUCAUCACUAUGCAUAUUGUUAUGCGCCCUCCAAUGGCCGAUAAAAAAAGUGAAAAGUUGCAGGAUGGCUCCCCCAAAACGAGCAGUUGUUCAUGCAUGAUUCUGUGAAGUUUAUACAUCGAUUUUCUUGAGCUUUCAGAUGAAAGGAUCUUGGAGGGUUUAUUAUAUUUUGAUCAUUACAAAUUUUCUUAAAUCUUUUUCUCAAAAUCAGAAAGGGAAAAAGAAAAGGAAAAUAUGAUUUUAUGUUGGUAUAUGAAUCGGUAUAGAAGCUUUGUAGAUUGAAAAGAAGAUGUUAAAAAGAUAAGAAAUUUCAAUCAUUUGUUUUUAAUUUGUCUUAUAUCAUAUUCGUGGUUUGAUUGUUU